CCACGUUCGGUUCCGCGGAAGUUUCGUUCUGCGAGUCGUCUCGUGCGGACGGUUCCCAGCAAGCCGCGCAAAUCCGCCGCGGAAACCACGAGGAAUUUACUUUUUCCGUUUGGGUGACGGGUGAAUGCGACUUCGGCACAGACGGAACACAAUCUCCCGCGAGGACUUCCGCCCGCUAAAACUGAGAUUGCAGAGGACCGGGUGACAUGUCGGUGUUCGCCUGUUGCAUACGUCGGGCAUCUUCUACUGAAAGAACGCUGCUGCAGAAUCAUCGACAAAUGGAUGAUGCAAGGCAACUGGCGCUGCUGAAGGAGGCGCCGGAAAUCUCAUGGGAGAACACAUUAGGCGCGCCAAACGGCGUCCCAUUCGACGAGGACACCAAGGAACUGCUCAGGAAUUGCCUGGACGUCACCGCGCCAUCGCCCACGACCCUGGCACAAAUCAUCAAGCGAAGCGAGGUGUUCCCUAUAAAUUUCCCGAUUAAAACGACCAGGUGCUCCGCUCUCAGAGACAGAGGAAUCAGCACCGACAUCCUUGAGAUGAAUGCGAACUCAGUUUAUCCGGUGAUACACGAGGCGAUGCUGCCGUUACUGGCGCGAUGGUUGAAGCACAAACAAUCGAACGGGAGUGCCAUCGAGAGAUCGAUGUACAAAGAUAUGGGAUUGAUACAGUUUAUUCACCGUUUACUGGAGAAGCGAGCUGUGCAUUUUUAUGGGCCCGACGAUCGAUGGAAGCUAAUCGAUGGUAAAACGGGUGUCAACGGAUGGGAGAGCGUUGGUACUGAUCACGAGAAGGAGCCUUUGGUCCUGACGAAAUGCUUGUCUUACGACGAGAUCAAGUUGUCAGCGAUGCUGACGUUGUCCUCUCACAGCGAGUUCAUAAACGACGGCUCGCGAGAGAACAGAGGCGUCGUGAGUACCGAUCCAGACUCCAUUCAGCCGCGAGGAGUCGUUAUAGGUGUCGUGGGAACAAGAUUCGAACGACCACGCCUCAUGGAGUACCAAGACAUCCUAAUCACAUCUCAACAGAACACCGUAGACAAUGGAUACGGACCUCCCAGCUCGCACAGCUCGAACGAACAACGAGGACUGCGACUGAUGUGGGCGAAGUUUUACGGAGACGAGUACAUUCCGGUUUACGACGAAGCCGUGAAGCGUGCGAAAUCGAAGGACAAUAGGAGAUACUUGACCUUGUCGAAUCAGAGUAUCUUCGACAUCGAGAACUACAUGAAGAGGAUCCUCGUCAGCGUGGAGAUCAUUCUUCUCGAGGCGAACACGCGAGCCGAGAAACAAAACACGACUGCCUUCCUGCACGUUGUAGGCUUCGGUCUCGGCGUCUGGGGUAUAAUCCAGGAUCAAGAGAUAUACUUCCUGAAGACUUUCGAGAUCGCCAUUAAAAAGAUGAAGAAGAAGCUGAAACACGUCUCGGACAUAAUGUUCGCAUAUUUCUCGCAGCAAAAGUGCGGCGACGUGGGGAACGGCGACUAUCUCGGAGACAUAAAGAUCCAUUUCGCUAUCAGGGAGCCUCACAGCCGACUACUCAGAUCUACGGACGCAAACAAGCUUCUCGUAGUGACGUAUGCGUGGGACGGGAACGCGCUGCCAGGAAAUGAAUUUUGGAGCGGAUUCCUUUCGUCGAGCGGAGACCCUGCAGCAGCGUGCAGCAGUCAAGUAGCCGAGCUGCACACGUCCAGAAUUAAUCCGAAAACUUGCGGUGCCAGCUUGCACGUGGCCUCAGCUGAACACGGUAUUUUACACAUAUCGGAUUACGCGAAGCUACAUCUUACUUAGGAGCGGGCCUGCCCGUUGGGCACCACCGGUCAGCGAAGACCAUCCCGGUCUCCUCGGAAUCAGAGAAGUCGCAGCGCGGACGUGGAC